AUGCCUGCUACCCCGCUCCUCUCUGGUGCCCCCUCAGCCCUCCUCCCCAGGAAGGGCAGUGACAAGGGGUUGGUGGCUCGCUUCCUGCAGCGCUCCAAACGGAACCUGGCGUCCGCCGCAGAGAAUUCUGGGAACAUGGGACAGGGUCAGAAAAGGAGAGGCGGGGUGGAGGGCAACGGGACAGGCCAUCUCCCUUUAGAGCAGGUGUUACGUAACUCCUGGGGGGCCAGCCAGGGAUCCCACCCGCCACACCCUCAUCACCGUGGUCACCACCACUCCCAUAGCGACAGCCGCCACAACCGCCGUCAUAGCAACCAACCCCCUGUGACGGAGGGGAUCCACUUGCGCAGCUGUGGCGACUUAAGCUCCUCCUCCUCUGCGUCGCUAUGGCGAUUACUGACGGCCAACCCCCCACGGGUCAUCGGGGGCACUGUACACAGAGUCAGCCCUGUAAGAGGGGGGGGCACUGUACACAGAGUCAGCCCUGUAAGAGGGGGAGGAGGGAGGAAAGAUGGGAUGGGGAGGAAAAGGAGAGGAGGCAGAAAGUGUACCCACACAGAGGAGAGUGGAGGCAUGGUAUGGUCUAAUGAAGAAGAGAUACAAAGGGAGGAGGAGAAGUGGAGGAUGGUAGGAUGAGUUAGACAGGGGAGAGGAAGGAUGAAGGAACAGGCUACUGACAUAUCCUGAUGGGCGGUGGAAGGAGUCAGCACUAUGAGGAGGGAACGACUGGACAUUUGCUACAGCCUUGUUCCAAUACUUUCAACAUGCAUCCUACCGCUUUCCCUUCCUCCUUCCCCUUGGAGCCCUCCUCUGCACCUGCGCCUGGCCUUCCUUUCCUGAACUUUGACCUCUCAACUAACCUCCUUCCUUCAACCUUCACCUAGCCAUACUGAACACAACUCUCUGGGAUCUCUCUUUAACUUCAAGACUAGAGAGGAUGGAGAGAAGGAGUAGGAUAAUGAAGUUUCCCCUAGACUCUGAGCUACGGUCAGUUUAGUGUUUCUCCUCCUAAUGGUUAAGGUUAGGAUCAGUGGAGCAUAAGCUGAUCCUAGAUCUGUGUCUAAGGUAAACACUUUUCUGGAGCUGUGAACAUCACUCUUACACGAACCGCAUACACUCAUUAAACUGCUCACUCUUUUUCAAAACUCAAAUGUACGUUCAUUUGUCCAGCUCUUCAUCCGGAGCGAAACUCACUUUAAGUGUUCAUGAAAUUCACCUUUUUGUCUUCCACUCGUGAAAUGGUUAACCUUCCUUUUCUCCUGAUGACACUGUAAAAUGUACAGAAAAAUGUACACUCGUUUUGCCCACUGACAGUGAAAGUUUAAUGGCCUGCUAGUGUCGCCAUAUGUUUACAAACUUACAUCUUUAUUAGUCUUUUUUGUGGUUCAUUUUCUUGAGGUAAAAUCAACAUGUAAUCCUCAACACCCCUUACCUAGUCCAUCUCCAAUCUGCUUUCGGAAGAAAGGUGCCUCAAACUCAAAAC